AGAAAGUGACGUACUUCCUGUAGCCCAGCCGCCGUCGGGUCAUGUCCAUGGAUGUUCUCGGAGAAUAAAAGACUCACUAACGUUAACUACAUCCUUGAAGACAGACAACGCCAGAGCGUGUGAACCAACCCGGGAACACAGCGAUAGUAAAGUGCCGAGUGACUCGUUAAACUUUGUUCACGUAAGAGAAAAGCUAAUUAGUUUUCCAGAUUGAGGUGCCUAAGAAGACGAUACGCUAUGGCCAAAGUACAAGUGUUAAAUGUUGCUGUGCUGGACAACCCGAGCCCUUUUGGAAAUCCGUUUCAGUUUGAAAUUACGUUUGAAUGCAUGGAGGACUUGCCGGAAGAUCUGGAGUGGAAGAUCAUCUAUGUGGGUUCAGCUGAGAGUGAGGAAUACGACCAGGUUCUGGACUCUGUUCUAGUUGGCCCAGUACCAGCUGGCAGACACAUGUUUGUGUUUCAGGCUGAUGCUCCUAACACAGGGCUGAUUCCAGAGAGUGACGCUGUAGGAGUGACAGUAGUCCUUAUAACCUGCACCUACCGUGGACAGGAGUUCAUCCGCAUCGGCUACUAUGUCAACAAUGAAUACACAGACCCUGAACUACGGGAAAACCCACCUCUCAAACCAGACUACACUCAGCUCCAGAGGAAUAUUUUGGCCUCCAACCCCCGUGUCACACGCUUCCAUAUCAACUGGGAGGGCUUGGCAGACAAGAUGGAGGACAGCGAGAACGUUGACCCAUCCCACAACAUCAGCGGCAUGCUCCCUCCGUCCUGUAUACCCGGAAAGAUGCCACCUCUUGGACUGAUGCCAGACAACUCCAUGGACUGCAUGUAAGAAUCAUCAGAUUAAGAUAAUGGACAAGAACUCUUAUCUAUAAACUCACCCACAUCGCAAACACACAUUUGGACAAGGAGGCCAUGGAUGUAUCAACGUAACAUGUGGACAUUAACAGGAAGCAGGGACAUUAUUUUUAUACAGCAUAUACAAAUGGGAUUGAUCUGGAAUUGUUGCAAACUGUUUUUCUUUCUUGUUCACUCUCUUUCAACACACACACACAGAUGUGCACAACCAACAUUGCCUUAAUUGACCAUAUAUUUGUCUUGGAUGAUGUUGAAGCUGGGCCAGAUAACGUUUGAGUCAUCAGGGUGGGGCGAUCUUAAGACAGGACCACCAUAUCCUCACCUGUUUGGUAUCCAUACUGUGCUGUUCAUUUUGUCCUCUUGAGCACUGAUCAAAGCUAUGGGCAGUGCUCUGUGUGUCAGAAUAGAUCUCACUAGCUGCUCAUAGUAAAGCAUUUCAUUGUUCUGAAGGUUUGUCUCAUCUGACAUGAAUUUGUAGCAUCUGGAGUACCUGUGGAAACAAAUCUUGGGUUUAAAAUAUGGGCUAUGUUCAGGGGCCUGUUGCAAGAAGUAGCUUUACUUAGUGUUAUCUGAAUAGCUUAUGCAGAGAACAACCUUGUACUUACAAGUGUUACCCUUGAGUUAUCCAGAUGAGUCAGUAACCUGCUUCUUCAAACAUGCUCCAGUUCAGAUAAUGUUCUACAAAACAUGUAGGUAAAGGAGAUGAAGGAGAAAUGGAUGCCAUAUUGCUGUCAAGUUGUUUGGAUGAUUUAAGCAUACUGUAAAUAAUGUUUUCCCAGCGCUUAUUUUGUCUUCAAGAUGAGAAGACAUAUUUUCUUUUUGUACUUACUAUAUAUUCUCUGCCUCAACAUUUGUAACAACAGCCAUGGGGUUAAUAAAGUUUCUUUGGUGGA